GAGCUCUACCCUCCGGUGAGCCAGCAUUCCUCCCGCGACCCGGUGCAGCAGCUGCACCAGACGCAGGUCAGCAACAAGAUCUCUUACUCCAGCUGCGCCAACAGCGGGGCCGUCUCCUUUACGCUCCUGGCGCAGAACAUCAACAUCUCGGAGCUCUGCGCCCGCAGCAGCCUGGCGUCGGCCUUCAAGGCAGCCAUCCAGUCGGCUGUGGCGCAGGAGCUGGGCCAGAGCUUCCUGCCGGAGUACGUGGACGUGCGGCUGAGCCCCCACUCCGCGGCCAUUCCCGUGGUGGUGCUGCCUCCUGCCGGGAUGUCGGCGAGGGAACUGCAUGCUCAGCUCUGCACGCGACAGCUGCCUGGGUGGUCUGUGGCAGGCCGCGUCGCCAGCCUCGAGGGGUUUCGGAGCGUCUGCCUCUCCUCCCUCUGGGUCCUGUGCAGCGUGGGCAUGCCCUCGGUGGUGGCCGUCGCCUCAGACGAGUUGGCGUCCACCACGGUCUCCGCGGGGUCUCCGCUGGCUGAGGCCCUGGAGCCCCAGGGGACCGGGAGCCUCGAGGUGCCAGAGGCGGUGCCUCAGGACGAAUCCGAAUCCAUCCCGCGUCCGCAGAGCCUCCAGCGCUCGGGACACACGCCCCGCGAGCGCCCGGACGGGCGUGCCAAG